AUGGCGGUACUCAUACACAGCGACAUACUACAUCUACAACCUUCAGAACGGUCUAGGGAAUUUGUAAGAGGAUAUGAGCUCCCUCGUCCAAUUCAGUAUCUAUGCUGGUCGCCUGUUGGGAGUAAAUUAGCAUAUGUCUAUCAAAAUAAUAUUUAUUUGAAACAAAGACCAGAAGACCCACCUUUUCAAAUAACUUACACUGGAAGAGAAAAUAAAAUAUUUAAUGGAAUCCCAGACUGGGUUUAUGAAGAAGAAAUGCUUGGUACAAAAUAUGCUCUUUGGUGGUCUCCAAAUGGAAAAUUUUUGGCAUAUGUAGAAUUUAAUGAUUCGGACAUACCAAUUAUUGCCUAUUCCUAUUAUGGUGAUGGACAGUAUCCCAGAACAAUAAAUAUUCCGUACCCAAAGGCUGGAGCGAAGAAUCCUGUUGUUCGUGUCUUUAUUGUUGAUACCACCUACCCACAGCAUGUGGGCCCUAUGGAAAUACCAGUUCCUGAAAUGAUAGCUUCGAGUGACUAUUAUUUCAGCUGGCUCACAUGGGUGACCAGUGAACGGAUAUGCUUGCAGUGGCUAAAAAGAGUGCAGAACGUCUCAGUUCUAUCUAUAUGUGAUUUCAGGGAAGACUGGUAUGCAUGGAAUUGUCCAAAGACCCAGGAGCAUAUAGAAGAAAGUACAACAGGAUGGGCUGGUGGAUUCUUUAUUUCAACGCCAGCUUUCAGCCAGGAUGCCAUUUCAUACUACAAAAUAUUUAGCGACAAGGGUGGUUACAAACAUAUUCACUAUAUCAAAGACACUGUGGAAAAUGCUAUUCAAAUUACAAGUGGCAAGUGGGAGGCCAUAUAUAUAUUCAGAGUAACACAGGAUUCACUGUUUUACUCUAGCAAUGAAUUUGAAGGUUACCCUGGAAGAAGAAACAUCUACAGAAUUAGCAUUGGAAACUCUCCUCUGAGCAAGAAGUGUGUUACUUGCCAUCUAAGGAGAGAAAGGUGCCAAUAUUACACAGCAAGUUUCAGCUACAAUGCCAAGUACUAUGCACUCAUCUGCUAUGGCCCUGGCCUCCCCAUCUCCACCCUCCAUGAUGGCAGCACAGACCAAGAAAUACAAAUAUUGGAAGAAAACAAAGAAUUAGAAAGUUCUUUGAGAAAUAUCCAGCUGCCUACAGAGGAAAUUAAGAAGCUUGAAGUUGGUGAAAUACCUUUAUGGUACAAGAUGAUUUUUCCUCCUCAGUUUGACAGAUCAAAGAAGUAUCCUUUGCUAAUUCAAGUGUAUGGUGGUCCCUGCAGCCAGAGUGUAAAGUCUGUAUUUGCUGUUCAUUGGAUAACUUAUCUUGCAAGUAAGGAGGGGAUAAUCAUUGCCUUGGUGGAUGGUCGGGGCACCGCUUUCCAAGGUGACAAACUCCUGCAUGCUGUGUAUCGAAAGCUGGGUGUGUAUGAAGUUGAGGACCAGCUCACAGCUGUGAGAAAAUUCAUAGAAAUGGGUUUCAUUGAUGAAAAAAGAAUAGCCAUAUGGGGCUGGUCCUAUGGAGGUUAUGUUUCAUCCCUGGCCCUUGCCUCUGGAAGUGGUCUUCUCAAAUGUGGAAUAGCAGUUGCUCCAGUCUCCAGCUGGGAAUAUUACGCAUCCAUCUACACAGAGAGAUUCAUGGGCCUCCCAACAAAAGAUGAUAAUCUCGAGCACUAUAAAAAUUCAACUGUGAUGGCAAGAGCAGAAUAUUUCAGAAAUGUAGACUAUCUUCUCAUCCACGGAACAGCAGAUGAUAAUGUGCACUUUCAGAACUCAGCACAGAUUGCUAAAGCUUUGGUUAACGCACAAGUGGAUUUCCAGGCAAUGUGGUACUCUGACCAGAACCAUGGCAUAUCUUCUCGGCACUCCCUGAACCACUUGUACACCCACAUGACCCACUUCCUGAAGCAAUGCUUUUCUUUACCAGACUGAAUCAAUGUGGGCAUUAGCAUACAGCACAGACUGAGAACUUCACGUGGAUG